CCAAUGGAAGAUAUGGAGAUAAAAUCCCUUUCUUCCUUCUUUCUUCUGUUUCUCAUAGUCAUUACUCACACACAUGUUUGUUUAGCGGAAUGUGAUAACGUGAAGGACUAUUGCCCUACAAGUACGAAACCCCAAAAGCAAGCCAUAUUCAUCAAUGGCCUCUCCUGUGAGAACCCAGAUAACACAAGUGCCCAUGAUUUCAAGAGCAAGGAACUAAGCAAACCUGGUUCCAGGGACGAUUUUGGUGCCCUGGUUAAAAUUGUUACUGCUUCAAAGUUUGUGGGGCUGAACACUCUUGGCCUUGCGAUUGGAAGAAGUGACAUUGAAGUGGAUGGGCUUGUGAACAUCCACAAUCACCCCAGAGCCACUGAGAUGGUGUAUGUGAACCAAGGUACGUUGCUGGCUGCGUUUCUCAACACCCAAAACCAGCUCUUCCAGAAGACUCUCAAUGCUGGUGACGUCUUUGUCAUCCCCAAGGGCUUGUUCCAUUUCUUCCUCAACCGUGGUGAACAAGUUGCAACUUUGUUCUCAGUCUUCAACGCCCAAAAUCCAGGGCUAGGAUCACUCUCUCCCCAACCCUCUCAAUCUCAAAACACACUUCAAUCGGUUCAGAACAUAAAGAACAAGCUCAAUUCACUCUCUCACUCACAGUUUCAUGCUGAUACUGAUUUCACUUUGCAAUUGCUCGAUAUCGUUUCUGACCAUUAGUUCAUAAUAAUGUAUUCACUCAUUUGAAAUUCAGUUGCCAAAAUUCACCUAAUCUCAGAUCAGGAAAACAAUAGAGUAAUGAAGUAUCACAAUUUCAUUUCAGUAAAUAGUUUCUACUUUUAUGACAA